AUGGUUGCGGAGGCGAAGCAGAACGGCGUGGCCAUCAUGGCGGGCAGCAAGGCGCAGCUGAUGUCGGUGAAGCGCAGGGAGCCGACCUUGGUGUCGCCGGCGGAGGCGACACCAAUGGGGGAGCAGUACUACCUGUCCAACCUGGACCAGAACAUCGCGGUGAUCGUGCAGACCGUGUACUGCUUCAAGUGCCCGUCGGGCCGCGGCAACGAAGGCGCCGCGGACGCGCUCCGGGCCGCGCUGGCCCGCGUGCUCGUCCACUACCACCCGCUCGCCGGCCGCCUCGGGAUCAGCCCGGAGAUGAAGCUCACCGUGGAGUGCACCAGCGAGGGCGUCCCGUUCGUGGAGGCCGAGGCCGCCUGCGACCUGGCCCUCAUCGGCGACCUCUCCACCCCGGACCCCGCCGCGCUGGGCCAGCUCGUGUACUCCGUCCCCGGCGCCAAGAGCAUCCUCGAGAUGCCGCCCAUGACGGCGCAGGUGACCAGGUUCAAGUGUGGCGGCUUCAGCCUCGGGUUGGCCAUGAACCACUGCAUGUUCGACGGUCUGGGCGCCAUGGAGUUCGUCAACUCCUGGGCCGAGAUGGCGCGCGGCGCCACAGAGCUCACCGUGCCGCCGUUCCUCGACCGCUCCGUUCUCCGCCCGCGCGAUCCUCCUGUGAUCUCCAACCCGCACAACGAGUUCGAGGAGAUCGCUGACGUCUCGGAAAUGGCGGCGCUCUACGGCCGCGAGGAGCUGAUGUACCGCUCCUUCUGCUUCGAUCCGGACAGGCUUGAGCGCGUCCGCGGUCUCGCCCUCGCCGACGGGGAUCUCGAGAAAUGCACCACCUUCGAGGCGCUCUCCGGCCUCGUCUGGCGCGCUCGCACCCGCGCGCUAGGGCUCGCGCCGGAGCAGCAAACGAAGCUGCUGUUCGCCGUGGACGGACGGCGCCGUUUCAUCCCUCCGCUCCCAAAGGGGUACUUCGGGAACGGCAUCGUGCUGACCAACGCGAUUGCCACGGCAGAGGAUCUGCUGUCGGCGCCGGUGUCGCGCGCGGCCGGGAAGGUGCAGGAGGCCGUGCGGAUGGUGACGGACGAGUAUAUGCGGUCGGCGGUGGACUAUUUUGAGGCGACGCGCGCACGGCCAUCGCUGGCGUCGACGCUGCUCAUCACUGCGUGGUCGCGGCUCGCGUUCAACGGCGCCGACUUCGGCUGGGGCGAGCCGACCAUGUCCGGGCCAGUCACGCUGCCGGAGAAGGAGGUCAUACUCUUCCUCGCGCACGGCAAGGAGAGGAAGAGCAUCAACGUGCUGCUCGGCCUGCCGGCGUCUGCCAUGGACGCUUUCCAAGCGCUCAUGGACGAGAUAUGA